AUGGAACACGCAAGACCUCCGGCAGAAUUGACAGUAGAAGGUGGCCCGGCCGCGCGAGCUGACGCGUGGCGUACGUGGCGAAGACUGUUUCUCGUGUUUCUUAAAGCAUCCGGAGUGGCGAAGGAGCCUGCUGACGUUCAGGCUAGCCUGCUGAUCAAUCUCAUAGGCCCGGCGGGGUACGAUGUGUACACUACGUUUAGUUAUGUCAAAGACGAGAAAGAAGACGACAUUGAGUGCUUAUUGAAAAAAUUCGAUGAACAUUUUGGUACGAAGCCGAAUGUAACAUUAGCGAGAUUUAAGUUUUUCACGCGAAACCAAGACACAUCAGAAACAAUCGAUCAGUACGUGACGUCACUGAGGCUACUCAGUCAACAUUGUGAGUUCAUGCAGCUGAGAGAUAGUUUAAUACGAGAUCGAAUCGUCUGUGGCAUAUCUAAUACCACGGUACGUGACCGGCUGUUGCGCACGGAUGAUUUGACCUUGGCUAAAGCCGUACAGAUUUGUGAGGCCGCUGAGAUGUCCAAGGAAGAGGGUCGGCUCAUCGAGGGUUCGACUGCCGAAUCGUCCGUGGACGCGAUUUGGAAGGAAUCUGUUCGAGGUGGCGGUUCGCGAGGUCGAGGCGGCGGCAGGCGAGCGCUGCGCGGGCGCGGCGCGCGGUACGGCGCCAGGCCGGCCGGCUGCGGCGCGUGCGGGAGCCCGCGCUGCGCGGGAGAUGUCGAGUGUCCAGCGCGAAGUGCUACCUGUUUUGUGUGUGGACGUGUGGGCCAUUUUCAUAAGUCGAAAAAGUGUUCAAGUCGUAAAGUGUUCGAUGUAAAUGUUGAUAGCUCUGAUGAAGAAGUGUUUUACAUUAAUAUUAUAAGCGAGGUUGCAAAGAACAGUUCGUGUAAGGAAUGGUUUGAAACCUUUGUAUGUAAUGGUAAGCGAAUUCAAUUUAAAUUGGACACCGGUUCUAUGCUAAAUGUUAUAGCGAAAAGUGAUUUUUUGAAGCUAGGAUUUUCUUUAAAAAUGUUAAAACCGUUCAUAAAACGCGUACAAUCUUUUACGGGCAAUGAUAUACCGAUAUUAGGUGCUGGUGAUUUGACAUUGUCACACGAGAGUAAGCUGUAUGAUUUAACAUUCGUUGUGGCUGAUUUUAAUUGUCAAAAUAUUCUUGGAUUAAAAGGUUGCAUCGCUUUGCACCUUAUUAACAGAGUGAACGCGGUGUGUGUGUACGAUAAAUACAAAAGUAGAUACCCAGAACUAUUUAAUGGUUUAGGAAAAUUGCCUGGCCGUUAUACUAUUUCUAUAAAUGACAAUAUUGAACCGGUCAUAUGUCCGCCGCGUAAGAUUCCUCUCGGGCUUCGCGAUAAAUUAUAUUCAGAGUUAUGCAGAUUGGAAAACAUGGGUGUCAUAAGAAAAGUGACCCACCCGACCGACUGGGUGAACGCCAUAGUUGUAGUUGCUAAAAAGAACGGCGACAUUCGAUUGUGCUUAGAUCCGCGACCUUUGAACCGUGCUAUUCGUCGGGCGCAUUAUAGUUUACCGACGGUAACCGAGGUAGCUGUCAAGUUGCGCGACGCGAAAUAUUUCAGCGUUUUAGAUGCGACGUCAUCGUUCUGGAUGAUCGAAUUGGAUGAUGCGAGUGCUGACCUUUGUACCUUCGGAACACCAUCGCACGGUCGGUACCAAUUUCUACGUCUACCGUUUGGAAUUAACUGUGCAUCGGAAGUUUUUCAUGCGAAAAUAAGACAGUAUUUGGAAGAUCUAGACGGCACCGACUCCUUUAUUGAUGAUAUUAUAGUUUGGGGGCGUACGAGAGAAGAGCACGAUAUGAGACUUGAACGUUUAUUGCAGCGAUCAAACGAAAUCGGUAUAAAAUAUAAUUAUAAUAAAUGCAAGUUUUGUGUUCGCGAAAUAGUGUUUUUAGGUCAUAAAUUUAAUUGUAACGGAAUGCAGCCUGAUGAUACUAAAAUCAAAGCUAUAAUAAGCAUGCCUGACCCGAGCGAUAGGAAAGCUUUAGAAAGGUUUCUCGGGAUGGUGAAUUAUUUAUCAAAAUUUAUUCCGAACUAUUCAGAAUCCGUUGCGGUGUUAAGAGGUUUAUUAAAAAAGGAUACGGAGUGGGUAUGGUAUCCUAAGCACUCCGAAGCAAUCGAAAACUUAAAAAAGAAAUUGUCGUCAGCUCCCGUGCUGGCUUUAUAUUCGCUGGAAUUGCCAGUGGUGGUGUCCGUUGAUGCGAGCGCGCACGCGGUCGGCGCCGUGCUGCUGCAGGCGGGCCGGCCCGUGGAGUUCGCAUCGCUCACGCUCACCGACACGCAGGUGCGCUAUGCGCAGAUAGAAAAAGAGAUGCUCGCGAUCGUGUUUGCCGUCGAACGAUUUCGCCAAUAUUUAUUUGGCAGACAAGGUAUAGUCGUGCAGUCGGAUCAUAAACCUUUAGAGGCUUUGUGCAACAAACCGUUGGCGUCGGUGCCUUGUCGCUUACAGCGUAUGAUGAUGCGCAUACAGGGCUACGAUUUGAAAGUCGUAUACACGCCCGGCAAAUUUAUGUACAUAGCCGACACGCUGUCGAGGGCGGCGUUGCCGGAGUUGUUGACCGAUCGGCUGAGCACAGAUGUUGAAUCGCAGACGUGUUUUCUCAUAGAAAACGCACACUUUAGUAAUGAAAAAUUAGAACUCAUAAAAAAGCAUAUUGUGAGCGAUGCCGAAAGUACAUCCCUAAUUUCAUAUAUUAUUAACGGUUGGCCGAAACAUAAGAAAAAUAUAAAUGAUAAUCUUCAACUAUUUUGGCAACAUAGAAAUCUUUUGCAGUACGCGGACGGGUUGAUUUUUAAAGACGAUGUUCUAUACAUACCGAAAAGCUUACGUAAGUUAAUGUUGGACAGAGUGCACGAGGGACAUUUAGGUAUAGACCGCUGCAAGCGGCGCGCGCGAGACGUGAUGUUCUGGCCCGGCAUGUCGCGCGACGUGGAGCGGGUCGUGCGGGGCUGUGCGGCGUGCGCGCAGCACGCACCCCGGCCGCGCCCCGCGCCGCUGCGUCCACAUUACGUGCCGGACAUACCAUGCUCACGAGAGUUUAAGAACUUCAUGUGCGAGUGGGAAGUGCGUCACAUGACGUCGUCACCCCACUAUCCGCAGUCGAACGGAAAAAGUGAACGCACAGUACAAACCGUAAAGCAACUACUUAAAAAAUGUAUCGAUUCCGGACAAGAUUUUUAUAUUAGUCUACUUAACUAUAGAACUACGCCGAGAGAUGGGAUAGACUCUCCGGCGCAGAUUUUGAUGGGUCGACGACUCAAUACAAAAUUACCAAUCAAUCAGAAAUUAUUGCGGGAAAAUGUUGAUAACGUUGCUAAUCAUAAAUCAGUUUUGAGUCGACAAGAGGAGAUGAAAAGGCGUUUCGAUAAGCGCGCGAAUCCGCUUAGGGAUUUGGCAGUCGGAGAGAAGGUUACCCUUGCGGACGGCACCGGUCGCAAGCCGGUCUCGGUAGUAGCGCGCGCGCCGGAGCCGCGCUCCUACCUUGUGCGCGACAACCGCGGGAAAGUGUGCAGGCGAACGAGGAGACACUUAAUAGCUCGCACGGCUCCGGCCAGUAAUGACAAUGUCACGUCACAGGCAUCUAGUACUUACGGUGACGCAGUGACAGAUGAUGAUGAUGAUAACAAUGAUAUUGAAUUUCAUUCACCUCAAAAGAUCACUAGCGAUAGUCCCAUACCCGGUAAAGAUGUCGAUCAAACGACAAAAAGAAAAGCAAAAAUGGUAGCUAAGGAAAAAAUCAAAAAUCUUAACUAA